UAUAUUAUACUUGGUCGGGCCUUGGUGAGAGCGCAUACAAACGAUAUCAGAUCGUCGCAGCUCGCGUACGCAACGCAACAGAGACAGAGACAGUCGUUCGUAACAGUUGUAAUCAUGAAAUGCUUCGUGAAUUAUUCGGCAGAUUGUGAUUUUCCGAUCGAGAAUUUGCCAUAUGGAAUCUUCUCUACUAAGAAUAAGGUGAUACCAUCGACUGGUACCUUACUAUCGUCCGAUAACCCAGAAAAGAGAAUAGGCGUAGCAAUCGGUGAUGAAAUUUUGGAUUUGAAUGCUAUCGCGAAUUAUUUCGAUGGACCACUAUUAAAGAAUAAACAGGAUGUAUUCCGCCGUGAUUGCCUGAAUGAUUUUAUGUCUCUUGGAAGACCAGCAUGGCUAGAAGCAAGAUUAAAACUUCAAGAAUUGCUUUCUGCCAGCAAUCAUACCUUGCAAGAUCCGGAAGUCCGCUCAAAAGUUCUUGAUGCACAGAAGGAUGCGAUAAUGCACUUACCAGCAAAGAUUGGCGAUUAUACUGAUUUUUACUCGUCUCUCAAUCAUGCCACAAAUGUCGGCAUUAUGUUUCGUGGCAAGGAAAAUCCGCUGAUGCCAAAUUGGAAAUAUCUGCCGGUCGGUUAUCACGGUAGAGCAAGUUCCGUUGUCGUGUCAGGUACACCUAUAAAACGACCACAUGGUCAGACACUUCCAGUCGAGGAUGCAGCACCAGUCUUUGGCCCCUGUAGAUUAAUGGAUUUUGAAUUGGAAGUUGCUUUUUUUGUUGGGCCACCUACAAAUCUCGGUGAUACCGUCCCAGCUUCAAAGGCUUACGAUCAUAUCUUCGGAAUGGUCUUAAUGAAUGAUUGGAGUGCACGAGAUAUCCAAAAGUGGGAAUAUGUACCAUUGGGACCGUUCGGCUCAAAGAAUUUGGGAACUACGAUAUCUCCGUGGGUGGUUACGAUGGAAGCUCUAGAACCUUUCAAAAUACCUAAUAUGGUUCAGGAUCCAACACCAUUCCCGUAUUUGCAACAUGAUGAUUCCUGUAAUUUUGACAUUAAAUUAGAAGUUGACAUUAAACCUCCAAGUGGUGUAAUCACAACCGUAUGUCGAAGCAAUUUCAAAUACAUGUAUUGGACUCCGCGACAGCAACUGGCGCAUCAUACCGUUACUGGAUGUAAUAUUAAUCCUGGCGAUUUAAUGGGCUCUGGCACUAUAAGUGGAGAAACUUCAGAUUCUUACGGUUCUAUGCUAGAAUUAUGUUGGAAAGGCACACAUUCCAUUCCAUUAAAAGACGGUACCGUAAGAAAAUUCCUUCAAGACGGUGAUGAAGUAAUAAUUCGUGGUUACUGCCUUGGCGAUAAUUAUAAGAUCGGUUUUGGAUCAUGCACGGGUAAAUUGUUACCGCCUACAUCGAGUGAACUUGAUUUAUAAAACGAGAUAAAAUUGUUUAUAUACAUAUUUUACUCCUUCUUAUAUCUUACUUUUGCAUUAUGUAAUACAUUUUUCUACUUUUGUUUUAAUUUUUUAUUGAUAGUGAGAUUUGGGAAAGGUAAUGGUGUUUAAUUUUGACUAAAAUUGUAUGAAAAAAUAAAUAUCUAAUAUAAAAUUUUAUACACACAUUUAUAUAUUAAA